UGAGCUCUUCCUUUUCAUGUUCUAAUUCUGUUGAUUCCCUCUCCUUACUUCUUUAGAGCUUGGGGAUUUUUCUCCAACCUUUCUGCUCGCCAUUUUCGCAUGUACGCAACCAGCGCGUCGUCCUUUGUAGUGCCAUUUUCGUGGAAGAGAGAGAAAGUUUUGUGAAAUUCAGUAAAAACAUCAACCAACGCCCACGUGACAGAUUCAAACAUCGCGGCAUUUGACAGCAUUUUCAUGUAAUUUUGUUGGUUGGUGUGGCAAACGACAUGGAUUUGAAUAAAGAUGGUUUCUUGAGUGAUGAAGCUCAGAAUAGUAGCAUUUUCUAUCAUUUAAAAUCUUGUUGUUUGGAGUUGCUUGACCUUCUGCAAAACCCCAAGAAGCAAUCACCUGCUGUUUCUCAAUUGCUUGCCCUUCUUUGUUCUUUGACUUCCGAGGACGUCGAACCUUUUUUUGACUAUAUCUUGUUUCCAUUGCUGCUUCUAAUGGAUGCAGCAGUAGAUUGCAGAUCUGUUCAAAAACGUAAUUGUGAUGAAAAAUCAGAAAUACUCUUUGCCCAUCAAACCCUUAAAGUGAGUGAUGCUGUUUCAGAAGGCGUGCUUCAAUGUUUGGAGGAGCUUUUUACCAAAUGUCGUUUAGGUUCUGUAAACCAGAUGACUGUUGUGCUGAAGACAUUGACUCAUGGUGCCAUGCUAUCACCAUUAGAGGCUGCAGAAGAGUUCCGAGAAGGAGUAGUCAAGUGCUUUAGGACAUUGAUUUCCAAUAUAAUUCCUUGCUCUGACGCAUCUUGCUCCUGCAAACACAGUUUUAGUCAACCUCCCCUUCUAGAGACUGAAGAUUUUAGAUGCUCAACUGCUGAACAUUUGGAGUGUCAUUCUCCAACCAAGGAAUGCUUGAUUGCAUUUCUCCAAUCAGAAAGUUCUUCAGCUGCUGUUGGACACUGGCUCUCUCUCCUGCUGAAUAUUGCAGAAGCCGAAAGCUUACGUGGUCUUAGGGGCAGUGCAAAGAUUCGGAUAGAAGCUCUUUUGACCUUACGCAUACUUGUAGCAAAGGUUGGUACUCCAGAUGCCCUGGCUUUCUUUCUGCCUGGAGUUGUUAGUAAAUUGGCUGGAAUUUUGAAUGUUUCCAAAUCUAUGAUUAGUGGGGCUGCUGGAAGUACUGAAGCUACUGAUCAUGCAGUUAGAGGCUUGGCGGAAUUCCUCAUUGUAGUCCUUCAGGAUGAUGCCAAUAUAUCUGACCCUCGUGUGUCCCACAACAAUUUGCCUGAUUUGCUUUCAUAUGAGAAUGAAUCUCCGCAAUCUUUUCUGAAGGAGCUACGCCACAUGCAUGUCAAAGCUCAGGAUCGGAUUCAAACUCCUGCAAAUAAUUUAUGUCUAAAAGCACCUACUACCAAGGAGGAACUUCAGGAGAAGCAAAGCCACAAAAUCAGUGGGGGACUAGGGCCUUUGCAUGUCAAACGUACGAGAGACUGGCUUGAAAAAACUUCAGUCAAUAUUGACAGUUUGUUGAGCAAGAUAUUUCCACAUAUAUGUGUGCAUCCAUCUAAGAGAAUAAGGCGUGGGCUUGUCUCUGCAGUACAAGGACUCUUAUUAAAGUGCAGUUAUAUUUCGAAGGGGAGCAGAUUGAUGCUUUUGGAAUGCUUGGGAAAAUUGGCUUGUGAUGAUUCUGAAGAUGUUUCCAUGCCUGCUCAAGAUGUCCUUGGAUUAUUGUUCUCGUCAGAUGGAAAACAUACUGUUGAGGAUGAUUUAGCUGAAAUUUUUAGCAGGCUACUUGAGAAGCUCCCUAAAUUAAUUCUUGGAUGUGAGGAAUCUUUGGCCCUUGCUUCUGCUCAGCAGAUGCUUGCCAUGAUCUACUAUUCUGGACCUCAACUUGUUGUUGAUCACCUUUUGCGUUCUCCUAUUAAGGCUGCUAAGUUAUUUGAUGUAUUUGCCUUGUGUCUGAGUGAGGAGUCUGUCUUUGCUGGCUCUCUUGGAAAAAUAGUCUUAUCAAGGCCCUCUUCUACUGGAUACUUGCAUUCUCUUGCAGAGUUAAAAAUUGGCAGUAAGAUUUCUGAAGACCAAUUUCCUGUCAAUAAUUCCAAUACAUAUGAAGUGUCAAACGUGCACACUUUGGUCAAAGAAAUGGAGUAUUCCAAAGGACAAACUUAUGAGAAUUAUGAACUUCCACGUAUGCCUCCUUGGUUUGCCUAUGUAGGCUGUCAUAAAUUGUAUCAAGCACUUGCAGGAAUUCUUAGACUUGUGGGUUUAUCCUUAAUUUCUGACUAUAGAAAUGAAGUGCCGUUAUCAAAGAUUAUUGAGAUUCCUUUGGAUAAUUUGCGUAAAUUAGUCUUUGAGAUACGUAGGAAGGGGUAUAAUAGUGAAAGCUGGGAAUCUUGGUACGCUAGGACAAAUUCAGGUCAAUUGUUGCGGCAAGCUGGAACUGCUGCAUGUAUCCUUAAUGAAAUGUUAUUUGGCAUGUCAGAUCAAGCUAUGAAUGUCUUUGGAAAAAUAUUUAAGAAGUCAGGAGUAAGAAUUGAAGAGAAUCAAAAUAGUGAUGCCUCUGCUUUUGGUCAUUCUUGCCAAGUACGAUGCAAUGUUGCUGAUGGAUCACAUUGGCAGACUAAAGGCGCUGAGAACAUGAGGCAGCAUGUCAUUGAUUGUGUUGGUACCAUUUUACAUGAGUACAUAACUCAAGAAAUUUGGGACCUUCCAGUUAUACUUGAAACAUCUCUUCUUAAAUCUGGUGGUGAAAGUAUUGAUAAGAACUUCUUACACGAUGUUGCCAAACUGCACCAGGUGCUCAUUGAGGGAAUUGGGAUCUUCAAUAUUACACUUCAUGAGCAUUUUGCUUCAAGUGGAUUCCUCUGUUCCUCUCUAUAUCUGUUGCUUGAAAACCUGAUGUGCUCAAACUCUGACGUCAGGCAUGCAUCUGAUGUUGUGCUACGUUUAAUUUCUGCCACAUCUGGAUGCGCAUCGGUUGGUCACCUAGUUAUGCUAAAUUCAGACUAUGUUAUUGAUUCAUUAUGCCAUCAAUUGCGUCAUUUGGAUCUGAAUCCUCACGUCCCAAACGUGCUUGCCGCAAUGCUAUCUUGUGUUGGUGUGACUCAUAAAAUAUUGGCAUUGUUGGAGGAGCCGAUGCGCUCUGUUUCAAUGGAACUGGAAAUCCUGGGAAGGCAUCAGCAUCCAGAGUUGACUAUUCAUUUCUUGAAGGCUGUAGCAGAGAUGGUUAAGGCAGCUAACCACGAGGCCCAAUUGUUGCCUGCUCAAGCUGAAUCCUUUUUGGCAUUUGUUAAUUCUAAAGUAUCUGAUGUGAAAAUUGAACUCGAACGGGAUACUAUUAAUGCAGAGGAACCAGAGCUAUGUGAUGUUGCCUUUAGUCAAGACAUUGUUGUGAAAGUGAAGGAGUGGGAGAAUAUUUUGUUUAAACUAAAUGACAAUAAGAGGUAUCGUCGGAUCGUUGCAUCUGUUGCAGUAUCCUGUUUGAGAGCUGUUACUCCGUUGCUUGGAUCUGAAAAGGAACCAAUAUGCUUGAUUGCAUUGAACGUAAUUGAGGAUGGUGUUGUGACACUGGCAAAUGUGGAGGAAGCGUUCAGGCAUGAGAGAGAAGCUAAAGGAGGCAUUGAAGAAGUAGCAUCUUUGUGUUCCUUUUAUCAUCUUAAAGACAUUCUUGAUAUUGCUGAGGAGGGGAAUGAUGAGAUUAGACUACUUCCAAUGAUGAACACAAUAUGGCCAUAUUUGGUUGCUUGUGUACAAAAUAGGAUCCCUGCGCCUGUUCGUAGAUGUGCAGAAGUAAUAAGCAAUGUGGUGAAAAUUUGUGGUGGAGACUUUUUUUCUCGACGUUUCCAUACUGAUGGGUCCCAUUUUUGGAAGCUCUUAAGUAUAUCACCGUUCAAAAGAAAACCUAUUUCAAGUGAUGAGAAAGCACCACUUCUACCUUAUAGAAGUACUUCUCGCACAUUGGAAGAUCCCAUCUCUGAAUCUUCCAAUCUGAAAACCCAAGUAGCAGUGCUCCGCAUGAUUGCUGAGUUGUCGCGGGAUAAGAAGAGUGCUUCAGCUCUUGAAGUAGUACUUAAAAAAGUUAGUGGUCUUGUGGUAGGAAUAGCAUGUAGUGGUGUGACUGGGCUCUGGGAUGCUUCAAUAGACGCCCUUUCUGGACUUGCAUCGAUUGAUCCUGAUCUCAUAUGGCUUCAACUGGCUGAUGUGUAUUACUCUUCGAAGGAGGAAGAUGUGAAACCAUCCAGUUCCGGAUUUCCUGAGCUUGCAGAAAUUCUUCCGCAUCCUAUGUCUUCAAAAGACUACCUCUAUGCACAGUAUGGAGGGCAGAGUAAUGGUUUCGAUGUUAAUUUUUCUUCAGUUGAAAAUGCAUUCAAGAUAUUGUACCCUGAAAUGUUUCUUAUACAAAUACAACACUAGCUCUGUAGCAAUUAUGUAUAUAAGUCAUUUCAAUUAUUCUGUAAUGUACAAUUGAUGAAGAUGAGGAUUGAACUACCAAUCUGAGGCUUGACCUAGUGGAUUUUUUUUGCAUUUACAACAUGAGGUUUAAGAUCAAAUCUCACUAAGGGGCACUUUAAGGUGAGAAAAUUCUCACCCUUUUCUCGGCCAAUUGACAAAUAAAAGACCCUUAGCGACAAUUUGGUAAAAAAACAAUCCGGCGACAAU